GAAGACUUCCGGUUGGGCUGGAAAGGAAAAUUGAAUUAGGACCAUCCACAUCCACAUGCAGAUAUUCAUGCUCUCUGAAUGUCAUUAAACAUGGGAAACCUGUGUAGUGCCCAGUCAGGGAGUGAGGAGGAGCCCCUUACUCCCUCCCAGGAGAACCUACCAAAGAUACCUGACCACCACAAGGUUGCCUUAGAGACUCUAGCUCAGGAAUCCAUCAAUAAUAAAGAUGUGCUGUCCCAUACUAGGAACUCUGUAGAAGCUGAUGACCUUGUGGUUGUUAAUGAUGUGAAGCCAAUGUUGGCAGAAACUGGACUGCAGUGUGUGCUCCAAAGAAUAGACAAAGUUGAUCAAGUUAAACAUAGAUAUCAGUUGAACAAUAAUGGUAAGAUGGAAACAGACACAAAACAUCUGGGUAGCUCAAGCACUGAAUGUAAUACUGAUACAUUGACGAAUCCUAUAGAUAGCAAGAUUGAAGGACAAACUAUAGCACCAGUGCAUAGAUCAAAAUAUACUGCAGAACACGCAUCAGUUUUGCAUCACCCUUCAGGUACUUCAGCUAUGCCCUCUACAUCAAGUCAAACUGAGUCUAGUUUUAUCCAUGAAGGAAUCAAACAUCAAGUUGAAGUUACAAUGGAGACAGGUCCUGAGAAGAAUACCAUUGUCAAUAGCAUAAUAUCUGAGACACUUAUGAAAGACAAUGAAUAUUGGUCCAGUGGUGGUCCUAGUUCCGAAUUCAUGCCACAACCUUCCUUGCCACAAAAUGCAUCUAAUAGCAAUGUAAAAGAAAAUAAAACUGUUAAAGAGGCACAGAAUAAUGUAGAUAAUAUGGACACUUCUGGUGAUAGCAUGGAUCCAUUUACUCAUUGGAGGGUAGCAGGCGAGGCCCUAAGGAGAGCACUCAGAGAAUAUGAAGUUGAAACUACAACAUCCAAUAAUUCAACCUCUUCCAUUCCAACUCUAGUAAGCCCAGGAGAGGACCCGAUGAAUGCCAUGUUAGAGGACUAUAACAAAACACGGGACAAUGUUCCAUCCACAAGUGCAAUAAACAAUAGUAUCAAUGCGCUCCCUCGAUCAGUAGCUGAUAUUGUCAACCAGCAUGAUUUGCAAAUUAGAAAGCAAGAGAAACGUGCCAAAGCUAAUAAAAAUAAGGGAUCUAAAAGGCAUUCCACGACAGAGCAAACAUGCACACCUAGACCUGUCUCAUAUUACAAGGACUUGAUCAAGAGAUUCAAGGGAGAAGAGAGCUCCAAUUCCAGUGAGAAACCCUGCAGAAAUGAGUGCAUGUCAUCGACAUGUAACAAAAGAGGAGAAAAAGUGCCAAGAAAUGUACAAGAUGCUUCAAGUAGUGAUGACGAACUUUACUUAAGGAAACCAAAGCAUCAAAAAUUAUCAACAAAACAUAAACCAAAGCUGAAAAAAUCUAGUCAAAACAACAUAGUAAGUGCACCAUCGAUGUCCAGUAAUGGGUUCUAUACCAGUGCUCUAAGAGAUAACUCCAUACUAAAUGGUAUAGCUAUACCUGAUGAUCCAAAAACAAAAAGAAUGAAACAAAUGGCAGAGAAUGGGUUUUACACAAGCUCUCUGAAGGACAGUGCAAUAUUAUCUGGUAUAUCAGAACCAGAUAAUUCUCCUAGACAUGUGCCAAAACUUAAAGGUGCUAAGAAACAUACAACUGGUAUUAAGAGUAGCAAACAGCCAGUUAAGAGAUCAUUGGAAGAGAGGGAAGCAUCUAAAUAUAAUAACACUUGUGAAUGUGAUAGUCAUGACUCAGAUGAUGAACCCUGUCCACAACUUGUGUCUUCUUCUUGUGAGUCAGGCAUUAAUCCAGCAGUACACAGUCGCACAGUAUUAGCUCAAGAGAAUUCACAUUGUCAUCAUAAAGUGAAACAUAGAAAAGGCAAGUCAGCCAAAUCAUCCACAUCCGGUUUAUCAAAAAGGACAUCAUAUGUAUGUGGACAAUACGAUAACCAAAAUAUGUCAAGAAAACAUUCUCAGGAGGCUUACAAGGCAGCUUUAGAUACAGAGAGAGAUGCACUUGAUGAGCAUAAGGCCCAUACAGAGAAAAGGCUCACCAGGCACCAAUGUCAGGCUGGAUUUUCUCUUGAACUGCCUUCUACUCACACAGGGAGAGGAAAACAGUCUGCAAGGAGAAGACACUCAGAGAGUGAGAGUGAUUCCAUACCAUUCCUAGAUGAAAGCUCAGCUGACCAGUCACACCCUCCAGAUACAAAUGAGAGUAUGCCUGAUCUCAUCAACAGUACAAGUGGGGAUGAUUCACUGGCAGAACAGCAGCACGACCCCUUUGAGCCUAAUGCAUCUGACUUUGAGGCCCUGCCCGAUCUAGUCUCUAGUGAUUCUACACACUAUUCUGACUCUGGGGAAGUGCACUUCUCUGAACCUGAAGAGAUUCCUGGCUUAGAGUCAUUAGAUGAGGAUUGUGAGAGUGGUGGAAACGAGGAUGCUGAUGAUGAAUUUGAAUGUGAAUGUUCCCUUUGUGUGCAGCAACGUAGACUUACACAUUCCAUGCAUGAGUGGGAGACUGAGGAAGAGGAAGAAACUGUUGGUGCUGAAAGUGCCCCAAGCAGUGCCCCUAGUGAGCCUCAAUCUGGUCUCAGGUACGACUCGGAUGAUGACUUCAAUCCAUUCCCAUUCCUAAACUUCGGGGACCUGACCCCCCUCAACUUACUACUGCUGAGACAGGAGACGAUGAGGCGUGAUUUCCUCACCACAAUGUUCCAAAAUGUGAUAUUCCAAAUGACCAGUGUCUACCCUGAUUUACUGGGAGAUCAAGCUCCACCCCCUGCAACCAAUGAAGACAUGGAGAAGCUGCCAAUCAAAGAGAUUGACAAGUCUCUACUAGACAAGGAAACAUCCUGUUCAAUCUGUCUCUGUGCAUUUGAGUCUGGUGAGAAGGCCACAGAGCUGCCUUGUAAUCACAUCUUCCACCCACUCUGUAUCAAGGCAUGGCUAGUCAAGUCUGGUACUUGUCCAACGUGUAGACACAAACUGACAACAGCAACAAGAGAGAGACCUCAACCAGACUUUGACUCCUGGCUAGGUCAAUUAUAGUUUUUGUGUGAUCCAGGUUUAUGACUGGCAAGGUCAACUUAAGUCAUCAUGUGAUCCAGCUUAAAACAGAUCAUGACUGACUAUAUAACCUAUAGUCAUUAUGUGAUCCAACUGAAAACAGAUUAUGACUG